UCGUGAGCGUCGCGCGUACACACACGUUGUCGAUACAAAUAAAAUAUCGUGUAUAUGAUCGUUGAGUGUGUGACGGAGAGAGAAAGAGAUAAUGAUACCAACCGAUCGCCGGUGAAUUUGGUGAAACGAUUUUUCAGCUUUUCUUUCCUCCCGUCGUAUACGUCUCGUGUGCAGAGUUAGGCGAUUUGACAAGUGCAUAAACGUCUCUCGGUUAUACCAAGAUUGGUGCUACAUGAAAUUUCUUAUACAUGAACCGGUGUCUUACAUAGUGCCUAUAAUUUUUAUAAUAUACAUCAUUCACAGUGCAUCGUGAUCGUCGAUAUAUAUUACUUCUAAGCAGGCAGAAGCGAUCGUGAGUGCUUAAAGGGGGAAGAAAAAAACAACCGGCAAACGAGCACACAUAAGAAAAGGGAGAGACAAAGAGUCGACGCAAAGAACGAAAAGGAGAGAAUCAAAGGCGAAGAGAGAGAGAAUCGCAGAAAAAAAGGGCUAGUGUGUCUGUUUUGGUGCGCGCGUGUGUUUCUCCUGUUUAUGCUAUAAUUCCACACGAACGAAUAUAUAAUAUAUAUACACGCGCUUAUAUAUAUAUACUUCGGCGUCAAAAGAAGAAAAAAAAAGAGGAGCAAAAAGAGCGAGAUGGUGCCACGAGAGUUAAUCUGUUUGUUGGCGACGUUGAGCGUCGCGACGGCUGCUGUUACUGCUGCCGCUGCCGCUGCUGCUGCUGCUGCAGCCGAGCUGCCGUCGUCGUCGAUCGACUUCGAUCUCGCCGCGGAUUACGACUCGAUCGCCGAUAACGACGAUUUGACAGACAACAACUCGGCCUCGUCACAGGACUCGUCUUCGUCGCCCAGGAAAUCCACCCAGCAGCAGCACGAGGUGCGCUGCUAUUGCAAUCAGCCGCACUGCGUGUCGCAGGGCUACAUGUGUCGCGGCCGGGGCUGCUUUACGGAGCUGCCGCCUCUGGCCCUGGUCUCGUCGAGCCUCAAAUCGCUGCAUCUGCUGCACGGCAGGCCGGAGACUGCGGGCUUCAGCGGCUGCUUCGACGACAAACUCAACAGCGGCGGCAACAAUGUCAACGGAAAAAUAUCCUGCCCGCCGGGAAAACUGUGCUGCGAGCAGGACCUCUGCAAUCACGUCGACAGUCCCGCUCUGAGGGCCAGGCUCAACAAGACCCUGCAAGUGCUGAUCGGCGAGCAUCAUCAGCAGAACCACUUGGGCGGCGGUGGCACGUCCAUAUCGAGCACGACGAGCCAGGCCACGGGUAGCCAGCAGCAGUCCGAAGGUUGGUUCCGGACCGUCACGAUCGCCGUGCCGAUCUGCGGCUUCGUCUUGCUCCUCAUACUGGCCAGCCUCGCCAUCAGGAUGCUGCAGCCGCUGCCGACGCAGAGCGACAAGUUGCAGGGACUGCAGCCGCCGCUGCUGCCUCCGACAGCGACCGUGACCACGACCCAUCACUGCCAUCGACACUUUCGUCAACAUCUCGCGCCCAACAAGAUGCCACUCGUUUGAAAAGAAUGUUGAAAGGAAAAAACAAAUAACCAAUCGACUCGAAGAGAGUGAAAAGCGAAGACUUUAUAUUGAACGUUGAUCUAUUUUCUUUUUUUUUUUUCUUUAAUGUUUUUUAUAUUCGAGAGAUGGAGGAGUGCGCGCGAGAUACGUGGGCCAAAGACUUUUUGAUAGAAUUUUCUCAUCUUCGGAGUGUUCGAAAAAUGAGCGAGGGCAUGGGCGGCACACAUAAAAUUCACAAUAACGUUAUACUUGUCUUCAUGGGGGGAAGAGGUGCAACUGCGCGCUCGACGGAGCCGAUUUUUCUGUUUUCUGACGGCGAAAUUUUACCUCUUUUUUUGAUCAGUUUAAAAAAAUACUGACAAAAUGUGAGAGCGUAUGCAGGUUCUUCAGUCUCUAGUCACCAAAUUCAAGUAAAAGACAAAAAACAGGGGGGAAAAAACAAUCGCGACGAUGUCGAUUAUUGACGCCAGUGUACAUCGCACAUUUGACGCCUCACGGUCGCUGGUGUUUAUGUAGAUAGACGUGAUCAAUAUAUAUGUGUAUAAUAAUGCCUUAAUUAUGGAUGAUAUGCGUGUAGGUGAUAAUUAUAAUCGUGCCGCCUUGAUGAUAUUGACAUUUUUUCGAACGCACACUUGUACAGAAACAUAUAUGAAAUAUUGUUAUUUUUAUCGACUUAUCGUUAGUUGUUGUUGACGAAUGCAUUGAGCGAAUGAUGACUGUCAAAUUGCGUGUAAAAAAGGUUUUUUUUAUACAUAUAGAACAAUGGCAUUUAUGGAAAUUAAACUGAGGUUCGUUAAAAAAAAAAGCAAUUGUUGAUCUUUCUAUUUCUUGUGGUUUACGCAUCAAUCGAAUCCAUGGCAAAGGUUUUUCCGUCCGAUAAUUUCUCUUGUAUUUUUUACCGUUUUAUUGAUAACAAGAACGACGUAAAUGAAGAUGUAACGAACCUCAAGUUUUCCAUACGGCUGUGAAUUUUCUUUUUUUCCUGUAAAAAAUGAUGACUGUAAUAAUGAUACUUCAAUUCAAAUUUUUAAUAUUUGCUUCGGUUUAUCAAUUGUAAAAUACGUGUAAUUUUUUCUGUAAUCAUUUUUUACAUCAGUAUGAGUGAAAGUAAAUGAGAAUAAAUGAGUGUAAAUGAAAGUUGUUUGUAUCACUGCUUACAUUAUAAAAUAUUAAUAGUAUGGAUUAUAAUAAUUUGGAGGAAAAAUUAUUAAUUAGCUUAAGGUUUUUUUUAACUGUAAACAAAUGUUAUCCACUACUUUACUCGUUAAACUUGUGAAUAAAGAUGCAAUUUUAGUAAAGAUUUUGAUUUUCAAUCGAUGAUGAUGAAAUCGUUUGAAUUAAUUAUGCUUG